AUGGAGCCCAGGAGGGCGGCGCCUGGGGAGCCUGGCUGGAGGCCUCGAGUGGCCGCGGGGGCUGAGACGGCCGCAGAGCUCGUGUACCAUCUAGCGGGGGCCCUGGGCACCGAGCUGCAGGAGCUGGCGCGCCGCUUCGGGCCCGAGGCGGCGGCGGGACUCGUGCCGCUGGUGGUGCGCGCGCUGGAGCUCCUGGAAAAGGCCGCCGUGGGGCCCGCCCCCGACUCGCUGCAGGUGUCGGCGCAGCAGGCCGAGCUGGAGCUGCGGCGGCUGCGGGAGGAGAACGAGCACCUCCGCCGAGAGCUGCGCCGCGGGCCGCAGGAGGAGCGCGCUCUGCUGCGGCAGCUCAAGGAAGUGACCGACCGGCAGCGGGACGAACUCCGGGCGCACAGCCGGGACCUGCAGCAGCGCAGCCAGGAGACCGAGGCGUUGCAGGAGCAGCUGCAGCGCCUCCUGCUGGUGAAUGCAGAGUUGCGGCACAAGCUGGCCGCGGUGCAAGCCCAGCUGCGAGCCGCACGGGACCGCGAGAGCGAGCGGGAAGGGAUGGUGGAGCUGGCUCAGGAGCAGGCACAGAACCCGGCCGGGAGUCCUGGGUGCGCACAGAGGCAGGAGCCCGAGCGGGCGACCGCAGGACCAGGAGGCCCGGGGACCUCGGAGGACCCCGCACAGUGUCCCUCCAACGCAGAGGAGAGCGGCUUCAGUCGAGAGGAGCUUAAGCAGAUCCUUCAGGAGCGGAAUGAGCUCAAAACCAACGUGUUCCUGCUGAAGGAGGAGCUGGCCUACUUCCAGCGGGAGCUGCUCGCAGACCACAGGGUCCCGGGGCUUCUCCUGGAAGCCAUGAAGGUGGCUGUCAGGAAGCAGCGGAAGAAGAUCAAGGCGAAGAUGCUAGGGACCCCGGAGGAAGCGGAGAGCAGUGACGAUGAGGAUGGCUCCUGGCUCCUGCUCUCCAGCGAUAAGGACGACCACCCCCCACCCCCUGAGUCCAGAAUACAGAGUUUCUUUGGCCUGUGUUAUCGGGGCGGAACAGAGGCCCAUGAAGCUCAGACCAGCAGCACAGCUCCCAGCGAGCCAGGGGGCGAAGAGGAGGCCCCACAGCAACCCCACGUGGAGCCCGUGGGCAGCCCCUGA